AUGCCUGAACAAGAGGCCUUCACUCCGUCUUCUAUCACGGGUGGAUGCCUGUGCGGCGCCAUCAGAUAUACUAUCAACUUUACGGCAGAAUUCCCAUGGCCGCCAGUAUCUUCGUCAUGCCAAUGUACCAUGUGCCGCAAGUGGACUUCGUCCCUCGUCGCGCAAUUCCUCAUUCUCUCUCCUGAGCAGCUCACACCAACCCUAAACACAUUCCCUUCUUCCAAAGAAUACACUUCAUCACCUGGCCAACUUCGUGGCUUCUGUAGCGACUGCGGAACGUCUAUUGCCUGGCGCUCUGCCGACUGUACCCCCAUCUUUGAUCUCUACCUGGGCACAUUGGAUGAAGAAUGGCUGGUUGACGGAGAGACGGGAAAGACGCUGGCGAUUCCGAAUGGGACUCAGUACUGGCUCCAGAAUUCCGUUAAUGGUGUCACCGACAAGCUCAAGGGUGGGAGGGAGUAUCCCGCAGAAGGACCAGACGGGCUAUGA